CAUACUGGCCCAGAUGUGGUUUAUUUAUAUUGUAGUUUUUAUGAUUAUUAUUACUUAUAAUUCAUGCUAUGAAAAUUUUAUUUUAUUAUUUAUAAAAUGAAUUUUUACUUUGGAAAAAUGUGUUGUCAGUACAAUGCUGUACUAGUGGUAUGAGGUGAGUCCAACCCUGUGUACAUUGCACCAUAACAUAUAAUUAGAUUAAAAAUAAUUAUUCGUGACUUGACCUUAUUUAAGGCAAACCAAAAUAAGAUAAAUUAACGGAAAUUUAAAAAGAUUGUGCUUGCACUUGUCGUUCAUUGAAUAUUUGUUGAUCCACUGUGGACAAUUGGCUGCCAUGAUCAAUAUUGACAAGCAAACGUCAAAAUCCAGAUGUGAUGUGGGAUAGGUUGUGUUUUAAAAAACUGUUUAUAAUUAUCAUUAAAAUGUAUAGUACAAAUAGUCAUGUAAUUUAAUUCUUGUGUAAAAUAUCGUAGUGUAGUUUAGUGACAUUAACCUUAAACAUGGUGUCCAUAAUAAAAAAUCAACUAUUAAAACACCUUUCUAGGUUCACUAAGAACUUAUCAGCUGAUAAAAUCAAUUUAAGCACCUUUAAAGGAGAAGGUGAAUUAUCUAAUUUGGAACUGAAUGAAUUUGUGUUGACUGAAUUGCUUGAAUUACCUUCCUGGUUACGAUUAACAAAAGCUUGGUGUAAUAAAGUUACUUUCAGAAUAGCAUGGACAAAAUUAAAAAGUGUUCCCAUUCAUUUGAGUUUGGAUGAAGUCAAUAUAACUGUGGAAACAUGUGAGGAGUUACGAUCUAUGUCAGCACAAGCUGGACUGUCAUCUUAUGCAGUGCCAGGAAAAUAUAGUUUUAUACAUAAAGUUAUUGAUGGAAUUACGGUCACAGUAAACACUGUUAAUAUUUUAUUUAAUAGCCCUGCUUUUACUGCUAGUGUUCAGAUAUCGCGAAUAACGGUGGAGUCGAAGAACCCGAGAUGGACAAAGUCAGACUUACGCAUGACGCGAAUCAAAGACCCUGAAAAGGGUCAACUGCUAAUAUUCAAGGAGCUCGAAUGGCAAACCGUAAGGAUCGAGGCAAAGUCGACUAGGGACAAGAAUCUAACGCCACUCAGACUGUUAACUAACCAAGCGAGAUGCCGUUUUGUAAUUAAGAAGAGAAUUUCCGACUGCUUUAUUUUGGGUUCACGACUUGUAAUAAUAUUGGAUGACUUGUUGUGGGUAUUGACGGAUUCACAGUUAAAAGCUGCGUUGCACUUUUUGGAUUCCCUAUCUGGUUUGGUGCAGAAGGCUACAGAAAUGACAAGGACCAUAAAAGCAGCAAGGAAGCUGGAGGAGCUGCCUAGUCAAAUGCAGGAAGUUCGACCUAAUGAAAGAUCCUACAGUAAAUUAUUUUCCCUCUAUGAUGUCGUCGAAACAUCCUACCACUUCAUUUCCAAUCAAAUUGUGUUGCAUUUAUGCGAUGACCCGGGUUCUGGCAGAUCAAGUCAUCCUCAUCUAAAAGACGGUGGAGCGUUGCAGAUCAGCGUGAAGAAGUUCCAGAUAGAUUAUUACCCAUACCAUUUAGCAAAAGAUAAUAGGAAACACUGGCCGAAGUACAACGCAUCAUCUGUACCACACACGAUGUGGCAAGAACAAUCGUUAAACUCGUUCAAAACCAAGUUCAUCGAUCUAAUUGACAAAAGCCAAAUCCAACACACUCCACUGUCAAGAUCUAACAAGGGCCCAAAUACCACGUCCCCCAAUCCGAAUCAAGAACCAAAGAAGGUGCCAAGCCCCAACCAGAAAGAUGUGAGGAGGCGUGUAGAAAUACAGCUGUCAAAGCUGAUGACCACUUGUGCCAUUAUGAGGAUAGAGGAUUUUACCCUUUACAAAGUGACGACUUCGGGCAAGAAGCAACAACUGAAGGAAUUUGUAUGCGCUCAGCACAAACGGAGAGAUAAGUGUGCCACAUCAGGUGACAGAGAUCAUAUGCAAUUACCGAAAGAGGCCAGUAUUGUUCACGCAGAAUUUAUUUAUUAUUAUUAUCCAAACGAUCUUCCCUUUCCUCUUCCUCCACCAAAGUUUUAUGUGCAGCUCAACCCUAUACAGGUCGUAUUUGAUGUAGAUAGUUGCUUGUGGUUAAACUCGUUUGGUUUAAAUCUUUAUCAGUCUUUGAUGGCCUCUAAAGCUGAAAUGCCACAGACUGACCUCACUUACAUUGAUGUUAAGAUAGAGGCCAUUUUGCCACGGAUAAAUUUUGAAAGCACUGUGGAACACCCCAACCAAAGAGACAGGCCGAAAUGUCUGAGCGUUCAAGUCACAAGAGCCACAAUUACUAACGUCCGAAGCCUAGAACAGUCAUCGCGGGCAGACUUAGCCAAAUGCGUCGAUUCAUUUCACAUGGGAUCGCUGUUCUUCGGCUCAGAAUUCCCGUCGAAACCAGACGAUUUUUACAUAGUCACCCAGAAGUUCCUCGAUCACAUCUCCUCCAGUGACAACGUGAGGAGCACACCCAAAGAAAUCGACUCUUUGAAUCACCAGUUCACCCGCGAACUCCUCUGGACUGAAGCUAAGGACAUGUGGUGCGCAAGUCUGGAUCCCGUGUGGGCUGACUUCGUGGGCACCAGGGCCUCGUUGAAACCUGUCCCGUUCCUCGACGCCGUUCCCGUCACCAUCUGGCUUCACUCGCACAUGGAUCCGAAUUCAACGACCAGAAGCGGCACCAGUGACGGCACCACCGUUCCAACCGCCGAUAUCCACGCGUUGGCCCACAUCUCCAAUUUGGUCAGCGUACAAAUCAACCACUAUCAAUAUCUAUUUUUGUUGCGAUUGGCGGAGGAGGCGGCCGAGUUGGCCACUUUCUUGUCCAUUGAUUCCAACAGGAUUUUAAAGGUUGAGAGUAGUGGUUCAAUUGUAAUGGGUGCUCUAAUCCCUCAAGUUGAAGUGACCUUUGUGAUGCCAUCUCAGACCCCAGGCAAAGAAUCGUCGGGUGGCGACGUGGAAUCCUUCGUGCCGGACUCCUCUAGUAUACCAGACGACAUGCUAGUUGGUUCAACAGCAACAGUUUGGCAAAACAGCACUUUGUCAAUUACACAAGCAGACACAAGCAAGAAAAUUGCGAACGGUUCGGGAAAUCACUUGGAGAUUUCGGCUAGCUAUUCCAUGGAUUUUCCUCCAGUAAGUCCCGAAAGCAAGGUCCCCAUUAAAAACGAUUUGGUGCCGCAAAUGGGUAAUGUCAUGUUUCAGAACAACUUCAAUGCAGACAAAAAAGUUUCAGGCUUCAGUUCCAUGAAGAAAGGUUUCAGCAAUUUGAUGUCGUCGUUAGACAGUGCCCUAAAACCUAGUCCGGAUGACGCCAGCGACACAUUGUCCAUACAAAGUGACGCCUCCAGCGAUUCCGAGAGUUACGUACUCAUCAGAAAUAUCGAAACGGACAUCGUAGGUUCAGAUUUAAUGUUUGUGGUCAACGAGUUUUCGUAUCAGGAACAAUCGAACGUCGAAAUGGCCAGCGAGGUUAUAGAAGAAGAGAAUACAGUCACCACAACCAGUGACCACUCUUUAACCAGCAGCUGUAGAAGAAAAGAUCUGAUAUGUGUUUCGACGUUCAAAUUAAACAAAGUGGAAUUCCUGCAACAGUCUUUAGGUUAUUCGUCUUCAAUAAAACUGCAGGUCGGUAGCGUUAGCAAUGAGGACUGCAGCUCUAUUCCAUGGGACGAAUUUCAGAGCAAAUUUAGCACGAGAUCAAGGGCAUGGACCGACAACCCGCUGAACGCAUCAGCAUCAGCCAAAGUGAAACUGCGCAUGGAUCAUAACCUGUCUCUUCCAUCAUCAAAAUCCAUGAUGCAGUUGGACUUUACCGAUAGGAACAACAUCAAGAAUCUCUUCAGAGAUCUGAUCACUGUUGAAGUGAAUGAUAUAGCUUUGGAUUUGAAUAUGAGCACAGUCACUGGUUUGGCCGAUUUGGUCGAAGACGAGAUUAUACCCAUACCAAUUCCAAUGCAGAUAACUGUAGACAAUGUUAAAAUACAUCUGAAUGAAGACAGACCCCCAGUGAAUAUUACUUCUCCGGGACCAGUUCCUAUUGAUUUAAACAUAACGGAAUUGUACAUUACUAGAUCAGAAGACGGGACAUUUAAUUUGCUCCCAAAGAAGCCAUUUUCUUCAAGCCUAUCAUUAACGGAGGACCCUGAAGUUCAUUCGUUGCAACGACAGAUCUCCGCCGACAAUGAAGAACUGAGACGGCGAUUGCAGGCAUUCGAACGCGUGUCUGAAGAGAAUCGCGUCCUGCGCAAAUCUAAGGAAGAGAACGACAUGCUGAAGAGUUACCUAAAAACUGCCCAGGACGAAGUGGCCAGACUUCUUGACGAAAAGAACAAACUGCUCGACGAGAUAAAGAAGUUGCAGCAAUUGACGGGCGAUCGCGGAUGGCAAUGGAACAGCAAAAGAUAGCAAUGUUGUUUCGACUGCACUGCUUGCUGUUCGAAUUUCAAAGAACGUAGUAACUAGUCAGUCUUUUCACUUUUAACGUUGGCAUGAGGCGAAAUCCUACACUAGACAGGUCCUCGGAAAUUUGCUUAAAAUUUUUGUUUUUAGUUUUCCUAGUUUUUGAUACUAACCAAUUUUUUAAAAAGCAACAUAAUUGUAUGUUGCCGUUUUUUAGUUCCGUAAAUAUUUAUGUUUGUGUUUGAAAGUAAGUUUCAACAAAACGUUUUCCUGUUUUUUGUAUGAUUUUGUCCUAAGCUAAGAGUGCUUUUAAAACAUUUACAUCCAAUCAGUAAAUGUUUUGCGUACUCACAAUAGAAACUACCUAUUCUCUAUGAUGUAAUUGUCGUUGCUUUGUUAUCAUAACAAUAGAAGUUUUAAAAUAAGUCCAAACUUGUUGAUGAAAAUUAUCUAUAUAAGAACAUAUUUUAUUGGCCAAAAUUCUUUAUUCUAAAGUCGUGAAUACAUGUGAUUUUUAUAUUAGUGGAUAGUAAGUUCAUGAAUUAUUUAGCUGAGUCACAGAUAUUAAUGAUUGAAAUGUAUUUUAUUAUUGAGAAAAUAUUUUAAACAAGUAUGUAGAGAAUUUUCAAGGUGUUUCUUGAAAUGAUAGAUAACAUUAAUUCAUUUGGACAAAAUAUCUAUUCAAGUAAAAAAUUUAUAUUAGUUCCAUUUUUUAUUUGGUUUCGAUUACUUACAUUGUGAUGUGUUCACUAAUUAUUUAUCAAUUGUGCUUUGAUGUGAUGUAAAAUGUAAUACAUAUUUUGCUGUGUGGCUUUUCACUUAUAUUUGUAUAUUUUUUCCAAACCAAUUCAGUUGAACUGAAUUAUUUAAGUAUAUCUCAAGUUAACUUAACAUAUUUUAUUAUACAUCUUCAUAUAUUUUCAGGUAAAGAUUGAACUGUUUUCUAUGUAGUGCCAUAAAAAAUUCAGAAGGCGUACAUGAGGCGUACAUGAUUAUGUAGUGUUUGUAACAAAAUUGUUGCCAAAUCAAAAAAUACAUAAUUUUAUUUAAAGUGAUAGUCCAUCCUAAACAUACAGCAAUAAUGCGAUGUUUUUUGUUACAUAAAUGUUAUCACAAGUCUCACUUCCACCUCUUAUAUUGUAUUCGCAAUUUCGCAUAUAAAGUGUAUUACUUAGAUAAAGGGCAUUUUCAGAAAAUUUGGAAAUUCAGAGCAAUUAAAAUAAAAUCUGAAUUUAACGUAUUUUGUUUCAGGAUUUACAAUAUCUCAUUGAACAGGAAACAAUUUUUCAGUGAUCAAUAUAUUAAUGAAAAAUUUCUAUAAACUCGAUAUAUAGUUGGGUGCUAUCAUUUUUAAGAUUUUAUUUAUGUAUGUUUUGUAAUCAUUUGAGCACUUAUUUUUUUACGCACCAUCUGUUCUAAGUGACGAUGAGUUUAAAUAUGUAUACAUAUAACAUAAUUGUAUGUAUAACGCCAAAGAUUUGUGAAUUUUUUUCAUAAUGAACGUUUAAACAAAAUUAAAGGAAAAAUACGCCUUUUUAUCUGUUCAUUUACUAUAUCACUCACUUUCUUCUAUAUAUAAAUUUUUCCUAUAAUUUUGACAAAAUUUCCAUCCAUAACAAUGUGAUUUCUUUUUAUUUUUUAAAUUGAUAUUAUAAUUUUGUUAAGAUUGAUUAAAAAUUAUAUUGCAAUAAAUUUACGUAAAUGAUAUAGACUGUUAUGUUUUGUAUAUACAAUGACUAUGUUGUUUUAAAAUAUAUCAUUUUGGUAUU